AUGAGCAGUGUGGAUACUACAGGGACUGUGAAUGGUAAUCCCCACGAGAAUCCAGGGACUGUAGAGAAACAGACUAAGAGACGCAACAACAGGUCGUACUACGAUAUUAUAAGUGCGCUGUCCGCAGUGGAGAAAUCGCAGGACGUAGUCUUCACCCCUGAGGAGCUUGUUGAGCUCACUGCACCCUUGGAGCAGGGCCGCAGCAAUGACCCCCAGUCGGACACGAAGAAGGAUGGGAAGCCGAGAAUAAACGUGCACGGCUACAUGGGCGACGUAAAGGUGAACCCCGUGGAGGCGAGCAAAGUGGAGUACGACCUUUCGCACACACUGCUGGGCGGGUACGUGCCGCGGAAGCAACUGGAAUCUCUCUCGAGCGUGGACUUCGCGCAUUACUUCCACAAGGCGCUCGAGUGCGAGAACACGCUGCAGAUAUACGACAUGUUUGUGCCCCAGAAGAGUGCAAUGCACCAGGUCCUGGCGGGGCGACUGGACCACGAUACAACACAACAGAAUCAACAACAACAACAACAACAACAACAACGCACGACGUAUCAGCGAGUGGACGCCGCGGGCCGCAUCGUGAAGAAAGUGCUUGUUUGCAAACGCUGCUCCUCGAAGUUCCAGGGCCCGCACCGCUGGAAGCAAUUGAAGCAGCACGUCUGCAAGACCUUGCAUGCAGAAGACGAACAACCGAGUCACAGCUGA